CCCCCUCUGCCCAAUCAGAGGCCUCGCCCCUCGCCCGGGCUGCCACAUCAGCGAGGUCGGAUGGCGCCGUGACCCCCCGAGCAGCAGGCCCCAGCCCCAGCUGGAUGGCGUGAAGCCGGGGUCAGAGGUCAGAGGUCAUCGUCCCAGGGCCAGAUGCGGGGAUGCUGGAGUCGGAGGUCACCGCCUCAAGGUCAGCUCCCGCGAUGCCCGGGUUGGAGGUCACGGCCCCGGCGUCGGACGCCGUGACGCCCGGGGCGGAGGUCCCCGCCCCGGCAUCGGACACCGGGAUGCCGGGGUCGGAGGUCACCGCCCCGGCAUCGGACACCGGGAUGCCAGGGUCGGAGAUCCCGGCCCUGCAGGUUGCCACGCCGCAAUCCGGGUCCGGCGGGGGACCGUCCCUGCCGUGCCCAUCCCCAGAGAUGCCCCUCCCGAUGCCCGGCCUGAGCUGGGAGGCGGAGUUGCAACGGCCCGGGGCCCAGAUCUACAUGCGUUUCAUGCUGGAGCACAACUGUUACGACGCCAUGGCCACCAGUUCCAAGCUCGUCGUGUUCGACACGGCCCUGCAGAUCAAGAAGGCUUUCUUUGCCCUGGUGGCCAAUGGACUGCGAGCGGCACCUCUGUGGGACACCAAAAAGCAGAGCUUUGUGGGGAUGCUGACGAUCUCAGACUUCAUCAUCAUUCUCCACCGCUACUACAGGUCCCCCUUGGUUCAGAUCUAUGAGAUUGAGGAGCACAAGAUCGAGACGUGGAGAGAGAUCUACCUGCAGGGCUCCUUCAAGCCCCUCGUGUCUAUCUCACCCCAUGACAGCUUGUUUGAGGCCGUAUACUUGCUGAUCCGCAAUCGCAUCCACCGACUCCCGGUGCUGGAUCCGGCCUCGGGAUCCGUCCUGCAUAUCCUGACCCACAAGCGGCUCCUCAAAUUCCUGCACCUCUUUGGUGCGCUGCUGCCCCGGCCCCCAUUCCUGGCCCGGCCCGUCCAGGCUCUGGGCAUCGGGACAUUCCGGGAUUUAGCUGUGGUGCUGGACACGGCGCCCAUCUUGGCGGCGCUGGACAUCUUUGUGGAGCGGCGCGUGUCGGCCCUUCCUGUGCUCAGCCAAUCUGGGCAGGUGGUCGGCCUGUAUUCGCGCUUCGACGUCAUUCACCUGGCGGCCCAGAAGAUCUAUAACCGGCUGGACAUGAGCGUGGGCGAGGCCCUGCGGCGGCGGUCCAGCUGCCUGGAAGGGGUACUGACCUGCGGCCCGCACGACAGCCUGGGGGACGUCAUUGACCGCAUCGCCCGGGAGCAGGUACACCGCCUGGUCCUGGUGGACGGGGCGCAGCGACUACUGGGCAUCGUGUCCCUGUCGGACAUCCUCCAGGCCCUCGUCCUCAGCCCCGCCGGCCUCGACUGCCUCCACUCCUGAAGACCCCCGCGCCGGGCCGCCCCCGGCCCAGCCAAGGCCCCAGGACCUUCUCUGCCUCCCUCCAACGCCCCAGAACCUUCUCCUCGCCCAGGCAGGCACCAAUGACCGCCCCCGGCCCCUAAAGCCAGGACCCAAGAAGCGGGACAGCAGACAAGGAGAGGUCGGAGACCAUCAGGAGUCAACCGGAGCUGGACUGAGCCGGCCGGGGGUCUCCCCACCCUCCGCUGUCCCCCCGGGAUGGGGAAGCUGGCAGUGGGGAGGGGGAUGGCAUAAGCCCUCUUAUUUGCCCCUUGUCUACCCCUUUUGGCUUUUGGGCAACCCCUGCCCAUCCCAGCUUUGUGACUGCGGGGUCCGCCCCAAUACAGGGUCUCCCCUUGGCCGCUUUUCUCUUUGGACACUGGGAUCAUUGACG